CUGCAGCUCUUCGCUUCCUUUCCUGGCAGCAACACAUUCAUUUUUGCUCCUAUAACACACAACACACUUGAGUGAAGAGGUGCAGCUGUACGGUUGUGUUCUCAGGGUUUUACUGAAUAGUUUAUAUUUUAGAAAUGUUUCAUUUAUUCAGUAAGCAGUUGAAGAUAGAUGACCACGAGGAUGUGACGUUCGUCAUCUAUACACUCUCAGAUGAUUUUGAAGGCUACGACACAGAGAAAGAGGAUGCCAAUGCAAACAAUAACCAACGAAUUCAACACCCAGGAGGAGACACUGCAUGGGGCAGGUGUUACAGACUGACUGUAGUGUGUGUGGUGUUGCUGUGUAUUCUCCUGCUGACUGCUGUCACAGUGCUGAAUACAGAAAACAACCAGCUGCAGACCAAAUACAACAACCUGGCUUUAGAGAGGGACCAGUUACAGAGGGAGAGAGAGGAAAUCCAGAAGGCUUUUAAAUCGGGAUGGACUUAUUUCAGUUCCAGUUUGUACUACUUCUCUACUGAAUAUAAGAGCUGGACUGACAGCAGACAGGACUGCAAAGAGCGAGGAGCAGACUUGGUGGUGAUAAACAGCAGAGAGGAACAGGAGUUUAUCAUGAAACAGGUGGGCAGCUCCAUUUGGGCUUGGAUUGGUCUGAGUGACAGAGACACAGAGGGAGAGUGGAAAUGGGUGGAUGGUACAUCACUGACCACUGCGUACUGGACUGAUGGGGAACCAAAUAAUAUAGGUGAUGAAGACUGCACUGGGAUUUUGGAUAAGGGCUGGAACGACAUGGAAUGCUCAGGAAAUCUCUUAUGGAUCUGUAAGAAAAGUUAUUUUAGUCAUUAGGGAACAGUCCAGUACAAUAUUCAUAAAUCAAGCUAAAUUUAUGGAGUGGUUCAGUUUAUUUAUUUUUUUUAAUCACAUGUAAUGCUUAAAACAAGAGACAGAAAGCAGCUUUACACAAAUCUAGAAAUAUAGUUGUAACUGUAUUAGCCUCAACACUGUUCUUGUGUUCUCAGGUCCUAUCAUGUAAAACUAAGGGUGUGAUCGCUGAGACUUUUUGUGUUCUGAAACAUUUGUGUUCUGUAUUGCAUUCAUCAUAAUUUGUUUUCAAGGAACUGCUUGUUUUUAAAAAAAAAUUCACCUUUUUCCACUGAACCUAAAUGUAAUAGUUUGCUUAUUAAGUUUAAAUUUAAGCGCAAUUACCAGAAUAACAAUAAAGAUAUCUGCAAGUGAUGUUCACAAGUAGUGCUCCCAAUGUCGAUUUUUGUGUGUUGAUUUUUGUGUGCUCUGCAGAAUCCAUAUUAGCAGAGUGUAAUGUGUGAGCUGAUGAAGUAAGACAUAAGCAUGUAAGACCAACGUUGCCUUUAUUAAGCAUAAUCCAAGAAUCACAGAGACCAUAGUGGGGUCAUAGCACAGGUGGGCAGCAACAAACCAGAGUAAUCCAUGAGCACAGACAAGGGUCAAAACCAGUAACUUUGUCAUGCAAGAAGCAAGAAACAAAAGAGGCUUAAGACAACUGAUGAUAGUAUCAGGAAUCACCGAUAGAUUCCAAGAGAUUCCUGAUUGCUUUCACAUCAGGUUGGACCACACAUUCUCCUGUUGGAAAAAUUGUGCUCUUGCUUUCUGUCAUGAUAAAUGGUGAGAGUUGUCUUUUGUUUUCGGGGGUUCUCCAAUAAUGUGGUAUAAAGUCAGUGUGUGCGCAACUGAAGUAUCAAUGAAUAAGUAUAGUAUCAUUCAAAAGUUUGGACACACCUUCUAAUUCAAUGGUUUUUUUCUUUAUUUUAAUUAAUUAAAAGUCACUUCAUGUCAAAGUAA